UAGCAACUACAGGGAGGGCUUUAUUGUACGGGUGUCAUCCAUCCACUGAUACUAAUCCGUAGAUUGCUUGUCGGCAACUUUCCUUUCCCCAACUCCGGCUUCGCGGCUUUACGCCUCCCUUGGCGCCAAAUCCACCCUUCAGUUUUGCCAGGAGUCAGUUGUUGAGAAUGGUAUUGAAGCUCCUCAUGCGAUGCUGCACUGCAAAGCAACACGCUGAUGACGAAGACAAGAUUGAUUUCGGAGGUGGCAAUGUUCAUGUCGUAACAAGCAAAGAGGACUGGGACCAAAAGAUUGCAGAGGCGAACAAGGAUGGGAAAAUUGUGGUUGUGAAUUUCAGUGCUUCCUGGUGUGGGCCAUGCCGGGUCAUUUCGACUGUUUACACUGAGAUGUCACAGACAUACCCCCAGCUCAUGUUCCUGACAGUUGAUGUCGACGAGUUGAUGGACUUCAGCUCGUCGUGGGACAUUCAAGCGACGCCGACGUUCUUCUUCCUGAAGAACGGGCAGCAGGUGGACAAGCUCCUCGGGGCCAACAAGCCUGAGCUCGAGAAGAAAGUCGCCGCGCUCGCCGACAGCGGCGCCUGACCGACCCUGGUGCAUCAAAGAUGGAUCAUCAUUCACCGGCCUGUACCGUUAUUCUAUUUGUGCUGCUCCUUCUCAUUGUGUGCCUGCAUCGGUGUGACAUCUUCUGCGAUGUGAUCUGCAUGCAGACUGUGCAGUCCCCCCCCCCCCCCCCGGCAAUGAUAUCUUAUGUAGUUUCUGUGGUGCUGAUCAAUGCACUCGUGAGUUUUUGA